UAAAUCUCCCGGACGGCAACAACUCAUCCCACUCCCUAUCGGAGAAAUUCUAAUUUAUGCAGACCUUGACAGUAUCUAAUCGGUGGGAAAGAAUCCCGGCGCCUUCCUGCGAAAUGAGUUUGUUUGUCAUCCCUUGUCUUGCAUGACGUGUCGUCCCUCCGGUAGGGUGAGGAGAAUGGGGUGGGUUUUUGGUCUGACACAAAGGUUGGAGGCGAAAAAUCAAUAUCAAACUAGCUGAAAAGUGCUCAGUGAAAAACGUAGAAAGUCAUCCGGACGGAAUUUUCCUCAAGUUUUAUCAAAUUUCCCAAAUAUUUGCCCUUAAAAGAGUUCAAUUCCCAUCCCUGAACAUCCUGUGCUUGUGGGGAAGGGAAGAAUCUUGAGGGAUUUUUGCUAGUUUCAGUGGAAAAUGCUGGAUAAUUGAGCCUCAGCCAUACGGAGAAAAAGUUGCGGUAGGAUUUUGUGUAAAAGAAAUUGCGAUUUAUUUGAACUCUGAGAAUGAAGAGAUUGGUAAAUUCAAUGAUUUCCUCUGCAGAAUGCGAGAAAUGCGGGCUCUGCAUGGGAAUAGUGAAUCAAACAACAAUGGAAGUCGCCAGAUUCAAUUGCCAAAGGCCGGGAAGGGUAUGGAGGAGCUGGUUGGGGCACAAGACACCAUAUAUCUGUGCAAUUUUCGUGUCUCCGUCGACGGGGAGUGGCUCUGCCUGAAAGAACUUCAAGAUCUCGACAUUCAGGAUGGAAGUUCAGCAGCUGCGAGGGAGAAUGGGGUUGUUUUCGUGUCAGGAAGUGGAGAUUCUGCAGCAACAAAUAAUACCAUCGCACGGGACAACUCCAGACGAUUUGCAAAUUUUAAUGCUCGAGAUCCCGCAGCUAUUGAGAGGAGCAAUUUGGUUAACAUUUGCAAGCUUGUUGUGAAGGAAUUGCUUGAGCAGUCGCUUCGUUUUGGUCGUAUGUUGGACUCGGAUCAUCUUCCGCUGCAGCAUUUCUUCAUUGUGCUCGAACACGUGCUGAGGCAUGGGUUGAAACCCAAAAAAGGACUUCUGGGACCAAAGAAGGAACUCUGGGAUAUUCUACAGAGUGUGGAGAAGUAUGCUGUGGAGGCGCAAGAUAUUACGGCGAGUGUGAGAGAUCUCCCCACGGUACGAACACAAAUUGGAAGGGCUCGUGCUUGGUUGCGCUUAGCAUUGAUGCAGAAAAAAUUGGCGGAUUAUCUCCAAGCUCUCGUGGAUAAUCGCGAUGAAGCCCUGGCGGAGUACUACGAGCCCCAUGCUCUCAUGAUGAGUGAUGAGGUAAUCUUGAUCAUGGGAAUCCUCGUGGGGCUGAAUGUGAUUGAUUGCAAUUUGUGCGUCAAAGAGGAAGAUCUCGAUUCACAGCAAGGUGUCAUUGAUUUCUCACUGUAUCUGCGCUCAAGCACGAGGACAAGUCCUGAAGAUGAGGUGCACACAAUUGUCGAAGCGGGAAAUGCUGAGCACAUGACGGCAGUUCUGGAUCAAAAGAACUACAUUGAGGAGCUGAAUCGGCACUUGAAUGCAACAGUGGCUAAUUUGCAGGGCAAGCUUGAGUCACUCACCACCACGAAUGCCCUCAUGAAAGAAGAUCUUGCCAUUGCUAGGAAUAGUCUUCUAUCGCUUCAAGCGGAAAAUCUUGCUCUGCGUCAGAGUGCUCAGAAUCCAAAUGCAAAUGCCGGUGAGAAUUUGAAUGUACACGAUCGAAUUGAUCCGGAAGUGGAGAGAACACUCGUGGAGGAGAAGAAGAAGAGGCAAGACUUGGAGAGGGAAUUGGAGUUGCAAGUUUCCCUAAAGGCUGAGACGGAAAUGGCGAUGAAGUUGCUGGAAAAGGAUAUUCACGAGAAGCAGGACACCAUUGUGUCUCUCCGGAGGCAGUUGGAGGAUAUAAAACAAAUUAAUCUGGAAAUGUACAAAAAGCUUCAGGAGUGCGAGGGAGAGCUCACUCAAAAGGGUGAAAUGGUGUCGAGAUUGCAGGCAAAAGCAUCCCAGAUUGGUAAAAUUCUCACAACAUUGGAGAAGAAGUAUGAGGGGGCGGAUUCAUUGGAAUCCCCAAUGGCGACAACACCCUCCACGGGCAUACCGCCGGUGAAGAGGCCAUAUUUGCGUGUUGAUCCAAUUCCACCGUUCAAUGCCAACAAAAUGCGAAAAUCACCUUCUGCCAAUUUGCCAAUGGAUAAUGCUGCCCAUCCAUCGGCAUCAUCGUCCACGCCACAAGCUACGGAGAAGGGGAAUGAUUGAAAAAUCCUCGUCUCACGGCAUCAUCUGCUUAGCAUAAUUUUUCGGGCUUUUACUGUUGAAAAGGAUUUAAUUGUUCAUUUAAUCUCCAUGCUGUUGAAUUUUUUUCUCUUCUUCAUUGGAUUCUUCAUCACGGGACGAAGAUUCUUCCAAUGCUGAACAUUUAUGGGGGGAUGUGACCGCGUUUAAACACAAUGCAAAAGAAAACAUAAAAACAUUAUAAGAUGUGAUUGAAUAUUUUUGUAGGAAUGCGAAUCAUCUCUUAAGCACAAAACUGAGUUGCUAUCGAAGCUUGAGGCUCAAAAAGAGGCCAUGGGGAGUGCUUUAACGCAACUAGAAAACAAGUAUGUUUGUUUGUCUUUUAUAUUGUGAAGAAAAAAAAAAUGAAAUUAUUAAAUAUUCCAUAUAUAAGAAAAUCCAGAAAAUAAUAAGAAAAUGUUGAGGAAAUUCCAUCACAUUUCAGUUUCGAUUUCAUUGGUCAUCUUUAGGGUUUCAUUGUAUCAUUUCAACGUCUCUUAUACGUAAUAAAAUGAAUCAAAUCAAGAAUUUGAUUUCGGUUCUGUGAAUUUCUUCAACAUUACUGUCACAGCGUUAAUCUCCGAAGAACAAUAAAUAUAUUAUUAAAAAUUUCGGAAGAGGCAAAAGGAGAGUUUCAAUUUUUAAACCUUCUUUGCUAUAACUAAAUAAUACUCUUUGGGGUUUUCCUAUAGUGGAAUGGGAUUGAGGACAGUAUAAACUGAUUUACCAAAGAUUAAUGGAACGUGAAUUCCGUGGUAUAUUCAUUCAAUUCUGUAUAAUGAAGUAUGAAUAAAAAUUAAAAAAAAAACUUUAA